AUAAAGCGAGCACUGCGUGCAUCGUCGCGAUUUGGAGAUGGAUUUCGCUAUCAGCAGCUUUCAAGCUCGAAUCUCACCGACUUGGAGACUCAACCCUUGGAAUGGAAUGGAUUCGACCACGGUAGCAGUAACGACGCCAAUCUGGGCUUUUUUGGUCAGAUUCGAGCGACUCUGGUCGCAUCAAAGCUCAACUGGCUUCUCAUUUUCGUGCCCAUCGGCCUAGCGGCUCAUUCUUAUGAAGUCUCACCGCUGGUUACCUUCAUCACCAACGCCAUCGCCAUUAUUCCGUUAUCUGUCAUGUUGACGGACGCUACUGAACGGAUAGCGAUCGAGGCGGGAGACACUAUCGGAGCGCUUUUGAACAUUACCCUCGGCAAUCUUGUCGAGUUGAUUAUUUUGGUUGCACUGGUGAAUGACCAUAUUCGCAUCGUUCAAGCAUCCAUUCUAGGCAGUGUGCUCGUGAAUCUCCUCUUGAUUCUCGGCUCUGCUCUUUUGGCUAGUAGCAUGUCCAGCCAUGACCCUCAAUGCAGCGUGGAAGAAUCAGAGCUCCUGGCGUGCCUGCUCUUCAUUUCGGUUUUUGUUAUUUUGGUGCCUACGGCUUUUGACUACACGUUUCAUAUGAAGGGCAAAAGGAGUGAGGCCGCUCUCAGCAUGAGCCGUGCUACUUCGCUAGUCGUGCUCGUUAUUUACGUCAUAUACUUUGCAUACGAGAUGAGGCCCAAGGUAGUGGAAACACUGCCUAUUCCGCUGCAGAAUCUUCAACCAGGCAACACCCGACAUCGUCGUGGGCAAGCGUCACAGUCCCAGACCAACGCUGGAUCUCGAAGUAUCCGCUUCGCAGAUCAAAACGCUCAAAGCCGUGCGAGAAGCACGACUCUUGAUAGGAGUGGGAGAGUGAAUCCGGAGAUUGUCGAGGAGGAACCUGGGAAUAGAGAUCCCGCACGACCUGAUUCUCGACUCGGCUCUUCCUAUCAGCAAGGGUUCCGGGCGAGGGGACAUUCACGCACGCGCUCACUAAGCGCCAGCCAAGGAUAUCACAGCCGAGAGUCUUCGUUAAACGACGGAACCAUCGCAAGUCAGUUCUUGCCGGAACAUCCCCACGAAGUUUCUGCUCUUCAACCCUCUCGACCAACAAACUCAAGCGGAACAUUCGCAUCGGUAACGGUGCUGGUCCUCACAUCAGCCCUCAUGUCGAUGAACGCCGAAUUCCUCGUCAAAGAGAUCGACGACGUAACCCACGAAGGCGGUCUCUCAGAGGGAAUGAUCGGCCUCAUCAUCCUCCCGGUAGUUGGAAACAUUGCCGAGUACGUGACGGUCGUGACGGUGGCGACCAAGAACAAGCUGGACCUAGCCAUCUCAGUUGCUGUGGGCUCAGCAAUCCAAAUCGCCCUGUGUGUGGCACCCCUGACGGUCCUGAUAGCCUGGAUGCUGCACCGGGACCUCGAGAUGGCCUUCAACGUGUUUGAGACGACGACGUUGGUGGGCACGGGGUUGUUGAUCAACCUGCUUAUUCUAAGUCGUACUAGUACGAGUGUUAGGGCCGUUGGGCUGAAAGGAGCCCUGAUGUAUGCCUGUUAUGUGAUUAUUGGAUUGGGCGCCUAUUAUGAGCCGUCAUCUGAGAAAUAA